AUGAAGGUUCUGCAUGAGAAGGCUCUGCCUGCUGCAAUUCAGGCCGAUUCUCAGGGUGUCGAACAGCAUAAGAUGCUUAUACGAGAGCUCUGCAACUUGUGUAUCGACACCAAAUGUGAAGCCGGGGACGCCAACUUCUCGACGCUGGCUUCCUUUCCCAAGCUUCAGAGGCUUAUACGGGGUGGCAGAGGCUCUCCUAAGAUAGUUAUACCACUACAGCAACACAUCGGAUACAACGCACGGUUGGAUUGUGAUGAUGAAGAUUCCGUAGUGGGUGUUGCCAGCUGGGGCCCGAUGGUGAAAAUUAUGUCAAGUAAAGCAAAGCCGAAGAGGAUAGUCAUGUGUGGGACGGAUGGCAGACAGUAUCCCUUUCUGGCCAAACAGGAAUCCAACGGUGAUAUGCGCAAGGAUGCUAGAAUGAUGGAUUUGUUUACUAUGAUAAACCAUAACCUAGAUAGCCAUUCCAAGGAAAGUCGUAAUGCUAACGAUGGCGAAGAGCCAAGAAGCAGUCUUCUCAAGGGAGUUAAACUGCGAACAUAUGCUGUGAUAUGUUUGUCGAGUGCCGCUGCUCUGAUCGAAUGGAUGACGGGUUUCCAGACUAUGCGAGAAUGUAUUUCGACAGCAGCUGCGAGAGUUAUAGAAGAAGAGUCUCCUUUCGUGAAGUUGCUCAAUACGCGGGUUAGGGAUGACAUUUUAGCGCCUAAUGGGGCGACGGCAUUCGCAAGGUUGUUGCGUGAGAACCCUCCUGUGUUGCAGCAUUGGUACUUCGCACUCGCCCGCGAUGCUGAUCAUUGGCUGAAUAUACGCAAUAGGUUUAUCGCCACACAAGCCCUUUGGUGUAUGGUUGGGUAUAUCAUCGGUCUCGGUGAUAGGCAUUGCGAGAAUAUAAUGUUGAGCGAUGUGGAUGGAGAACUCACUCAUGUAGAUUUUGAUUGUAUAUUCGACGCUGGUCACAAGCUGAAAGUGCCAGAAGUGGUGCCAUUUAGGCUGACCAGCAACUGUGUUAGUGCCAUGGGUGCUAAUGGUGUCGAAGGGCCAUUCCGCUGGGUGUGUGUUGAAGCAAUGUCAGUGCUGCGAGCUCAUAAGAAAACUCUUCUAUCUGUGAUGUUUUCCUUUGUUGCGGAUCCCGUAACUCAAUGGGCUACAGCAGCUAGAACCAAGCAGUUCUCAUUACGUGGGGGUAAAACUGAGGCCAACUUGGUAGUGGCACGUGCCAGCGAUAACGCAGAUAGGACGGUGAAGGAGGUGGAACAAAAGUUGUCCGGCGUAGUGUUCCUCGCCAGAGCUGUUACUUCUGAUGGCAGUCACGAUGGGGGUGCUCAAGAUCCUCUGCUGCUCCCUAACGACUUUCAAGGGGAUUUCCGAGGGGCGAGUCUCAGCGUUGAAGGGCAAGUUGACGAGCUAAUUCGAGUUGCGACUAGCACGAAAUAUUUAAUCCGCAUGUACAUCGGCUGGAUGCCUCUCCUUUGA